AUGGCCCUUAACUUUGUGCAUUGCAACGGGAGGCAAAUCCCGAUGGAGGUUCUUCGGAGGCGGCCCAACCCUGCUCAGAGCAAAGUCUUUGCCAGGUUGCGCCAGCUCAUUGAGGCGAGUAGCUGUGAUAACAGUGAAUUUGCCCUGGCCUCUGGACGCCGGGGCACGCAUGUUCUAGCUCGCCUGGACGAGCUGCAAGCCUACCUCCUGUCCAAUGGUGUCUCAGCCGAGGCCUAUCAGCCGCCGGUGCCUAGCGGGACCACCGUCCCUCGUGAUGACUCGGGGGCCCCUGCUUUGAAGCCUUACAGUGAUGCCCGCGCCGACCGCCUGCUCAUAACCGGGAGGGGCCACUGGGAUAUAUCUCCUUUCCUUGGGCCUGAGCUCCAGCUUCCUUUCCUUGAGCCUCGGGUCCUGCUUGGUUGCGAUACCUUUGCGCCCUACCCGGACACCUCUCGCGAGGAUCAAGCCGAGCUGCUGAAGGUUUUUGCUCUUUGGGAUAGCCUCGGGCUUCUAUCAGUCGUGCCGGCCCCCUCCAAUCCUCGUUCUCUGUGUCGCAUCUUUGGUGCCUACAAGAGCCCUCUGCAUGACAGAAUGAUCGGGGACCGUCGGGGACCAAAUGGCCAAGAAGGGAGGCUGAUUGGGGUUUCGCAUGAGCUCCCGCAGGGCUCCUUGCUCUGCCUCUAUUCCGUGAAGCCCGGCUUUGCCCUCUGUGGUGCCAGCACAGACCGCAGUGACUAUUACCACCAGGUCGCCGUUAGCAAGAGCCGAGCUACCUCGAAUGCCGUCGGCCCUCCGCUCCCUUUGUCUGCCCUGAGCACCACCUCUGCCUACGUCCGUUUUCUUCAAACUGGUGUUGCCGAGCUCCGCGCCCACGAAAACUGCGUGCUGGGCCGCUGCGGAAAGAAAGCCUUCAGCCUCGGCGUUGGGGAUCCCUUGGUUUGUGGGGCGUUCUCUUCGCUCUUUCAGGGUGACCACGGCGGCGUUGAAUACGCGACCGCGGCCCACGAAGGGCUACUGCUCGAAGCUGAUUUGCUUUCACCGGAACAGAGGCUCACUGCCGGGAGGCCCCCUCCGCUCGAUGACUGCGCCCAGGCGCUCGUCAUAGACGAUUUUUUCGCUGUGUGCCAGCUUCCCGCUUCGAACCUCAUCGGUCUUCCCGAGGCCGAGCUGCAGGAGGUGUUGCACAGCAGCCCGGCUUCCGAGUGCAUCCGGCGAGCGAAGACCGCCUACGGAAAGGUGUCGCUCGGCGGCUCUGACCGCAAGGACAACUACGGCUCCCUUAGGUACACCGUAGCCGGGGCCGAAGUUACAUCUGAUGCUCGCCUCGCCCAGCAAGGUACCGUGCUCGUCGGAGCGCCUCUGGCAAAAAGAUUUGCCCUCUCGUAUGUCUCGCUGAAGACAUCCUGCCUGCCAGCCGUCUCCGAAGGUCUUGCUUCUUCUCUGCUCGGGGGGAAGGCCGCCUGCGAACUUUCACUCCUUGCUGCGUGCGCCCCCCUUAUAGUCACGAACGUUGCUGUGCCGUAUGAUGACUAUGUCUACUGCACCGACGCCUCUUUGGCAAAGGGUGCCGCCUGCAGGGCUUUAGUUGGGAAGGAUUUGUCCGAGGCCCUCUGGCACUCCUCUCCCCGCCGCGGUCCGUUCGCUCGCCUCUCUAAGGAAGGGUCGCCCAGCAAGACACCGCCGAGCAGCCCGAGCUUUACCACCAGGAGUGCCGAGGUUCAGGUCGAGGAGAGGCAGGCCUACAGCAGCCGUGGUGUUACCGGGCGUGCCGAGAGACAGGUCGAGGCCUCCAGCAAGACACCGCCGAGCAGCCCAAGCUUUGCCGCUAGGAAUGCCAAGGUUCAGGUCGAGGAGAGGUAUGCCGAGGAUCAGGCCGUUGCAGUGCAGCCUAGCUGGUCUUGUGGAGGUGCCAGUCAGGAGAAGGUCCAGGUCGAGGUUGAGGUGCCACCCGUAAGCGGUCAAUGCUUCACGUACUUCAGGUUUGCGGAGGUCCAGGUUGCAGGUAGGGCCGUCAGCAGCCAGGGCGCCGCCAACAACAGUGCCGAGGUUCAGGUCGAGGCAGAGGCUAGGACGGGGCCUCGCUUCUCCUCUGAAGUUAGCCCUGAGCUCGAUGUCACGAAGCCAGCUCCCCUCGAGGCCCUGCUGUGCUUGAUUCCGAGGCGCAGGGUGAGGCGUGUGCUCAUUGAUCUCCCAGGAGGCCCCUGCGCUCAGGAGCGCCACGAGGAGAAUCGGAGGGCCUCGCGUGCCUUUAUCAUCCUCGAAGCCUGCCACAGAGCAGGGGUCCCCUGUUUACUUCGUCAGCCCGCUGGCUCCUUGUUGUUCACCCUUUCCCCUUCCCCGGCGCCAGCUGACGAGAGUUCUGCCCCGGGUUUGGAGUCAAUCCUCGUCGACGAUGUGCUCCUGACUUCCUGUUGGGAGGUGCUUCUCGCCUGGAGGUGGGGAAGCAAAAGGCACAUCAACGCCCUCGAGAGCGAUGCCACUCUUGCUCUCUACAAGCGCAUUGCCCUGGAGGGUGGUGACCGGCGGUGCGCCAUCAUCACUGAUAGCUCCGUCGUGCUGGGUGCACACUCGAAAGGACGCACCUCAGCCCGAGUCAUCAAGCAACCUGUCCGCAAAGCAAGCACCACUGUCAUAGCAGGUGGGGUAUACCCCGGGCUCUCCUUUGGCCCGACAAGAUGGAACGUUGCCGACGACCCCACCAGGUCCGAGCCUCUCCGAAAGCCUUCUGGCGUCCCUCUCUGCUAUGGCCUUAGCCGUGAUGAUCUUCGGGCCCUCAGCGCCCUGCGUGGUCUCAGCAAGCCUCGGGCCAACUGGGUUCGACUUGCCCUGGGCCUUUCCACGGAAGUUACAGGGCGAGCUCUGGGAAGCUACUUCGAGGCAAAACCCUUUGACACCGAGAACUUCGUCGAGCUCAUCAUCGCUUUUGGGAGGGAUUUGUACAACAGUGGCAGGCCUUACUGGCACUACUCAGAAACCAUAAACGCCCUCACAGCCUUGAAGCCCGCCCUUCGGAGGGCCUGUCAGGGAGCAUGGGAUUUGGCUUUUACUUGGUUGGCUGACGAGCCCUCUUCUCACCACCUCGCGCUCCCUCCGAUCCUGCUCAUGGCGAUCUUAGGAGUGUGCUUGGCUUGGGGAUGGGUUCGUGAAGCUGCUAUUUUUUCUCUUUCGUGGGGCGCUCUGCUACGAAUUUCGGAGGCCACCUCUGCUACAAGAGGACACCUCGUUUUUCCGAAGGACGCCCUGUGGAUGCAAAGCUAUGUGCUGAUCAAGAUAGAUCAACCUAAAACUCGGGGGCGUGCCGCCAAACACCAAUCUGCAAAACUGGAGCCCGCCGACUUGGUUGACAUCGUAAGAAUGGCUUUUCAGGAGCUCCCGAAGCACUGCAAACUUUGGCCUCAUGCCAAUCAGACUUUGAGAAGACGACUGGAUGCAGUGCUUAAGCGGCUUGGGAUCUCCGGGUCAUCCUCUCACGAGCGGGGGGUUGACCUGGGGUCCUUCCGCCCCGAGAACGACUCGGAGCUCGUGCGACGCCGUGGACGCUGGGUCUCUAUGAAAGUCAUGGAGAUUUACCUCCAGGAGGUAGCAUCGUCCACAUACGUAGCCGACCUCCCUUUGCAGAGUCGUGAAGCCGUCCUCUACAUGGCCCAGCUCUACCCCGAAAUCCUGAAAACAACAAUGCGGUGGAAUGAAAAUAAUAUACCCAGCUCUAGCUGGUGGUACCUUUGGCCAUAG